GCGUGUCUGCGGGAAGAAAUCCCCCCCUCUCGCGCCCGUGAAUCAUUUAGUUGAGGAGCUGUCGCAGACUGUUUAGUGUCUUAUGGGUUUGCGAGGCAUUAACAACUGGUUGCAACGAUCCGUUUCUACAGAUUUUGCCAUCAUGAGGGCUGUAUUCGUUCUUUAUCUGCUGGUCACACUGUUGUACCAUGUGUCAUGCUGUGAGAAGGAAACACAUUAUAUGAAGGAUGGUAAAUGCUGCAAGAUGUGUGGACCAGGUAAGAGGAUGUUGGUGGAAGACAAGUGUGAAGACCCAGCGUGUCAGGACUGCCCAAAUGGAGAGUAUCAGAGCGGCUACACAAGAGAAACCAAAUGCGAACGCCAGCCAUACUGUGACAUCAAUUUACAUUUUAAGCCACAACAAGCUUAUCCCAGUAAAACCAGUAUAAGCGAAUGCGAAUGUGAACCUGGAUACUACUGUACACAAGAUGAUGACUGCAGCACUUGUAUGGAACACACAGUGUGUAAGCCAGGACAGAGACUCGCCAAAAAAGGUUCACCGGUCAGUGAUACAGUGUGUGAAGCAUGUAAAAAUGGAACAUUCUCCACUGAAGAUUCAGCCGACACUUGCAAGGAAUGGAAAACAUGUGAACAUGGAUAUGAUGCAAACACUCCUGGCACUUCAACCUCAGAUCGGACCUGUUUGGGUGCACCCAUUUACAGAGUUCUCAUUGGCGUGGGAGUUGCAGUAAUUUUGUUGCUAUUGGCCAUAAUUUUUUUUGUUUUGUACAAGACAAAAAAAAAUACAGGAUGGAUGGAGAUCCCCACAAUGAAGCCGAAGACAACCAUCUUAACUUUGAUAAAGAAACCAGAUAUAGAUAUUGAGAAGACACCCCAACAACCACAACAGCCUGAAGAGGACAUUGACAACAGUGUACCCGUGAGCCCCACGCCAAGUAACAUGACAGAAAAUGGAAAUUUUGUUGUUCAAGAGCUAGGCAAAGAACAUAUUGUCUCAUGUACUGAAACAAAUUCAUACUCAUAAUCAAAGAGCAAAGUCCUCUACAAAAUACAGAAAGCUGUGCUCCCAUCAUGUUACAACCAUCAACGUAUAGAGCAUUACAUUAUAAAGCACUGCUUUACUCUAAAUGUCCCCAAACCACCAUGUGUCUUACACAAUCAAAAGUGUUUUUUUCAUGACUGAAACAGUAGCUCCUUAGCAUGAGCUUUGUGUUUUACUACUCAACGCUGUUAAGAGUGUUUGCCAUGUCCUGUAGUAGUUAUGAAAUGCUGCUGUGUACUCAUAAUACAAGUUAAAAAUAGAAGGCAGUCAAAACUAUUUAGAUUCAAACAGAAAUUAAACCAGUGAUGGAUUGUAGUGGUGGUUGAGGGUGGCUAUUUGUUGAGCUAGCAUACAUGCUACUGACACUAGCACAGUCUUAUUCUAAAAGAGUGAGGAAGAAAAGCGGUAAAGCACUAUGAAAGCACCUAAGGAGAUUUUCACUCAUGUCAGCUAUAGUUUGAUAAGAAAAAGACUACAACACCAUGUGAUGCAAGAAGAAUGGACAAAACAAAUGCAUCCCAAUGUUUUUGUUUUUAAGAAUGGUACUUUAUAUGUAGGAUUGCACACUUUGAAUGUUUUCCAGAAUACUUGCAUAAACUAAACGUUUUUUAAAUGGAAGUACCAUUUUCAGAACUUAAUCAGAACGGCAGGAGAACUUCCUUAGAAGUUGUAGCUGGGAUGGAAAAUAGUGCUGUGCAAAAAAAAAAAAAAAAAAAAGCAAGUAUAAUUAUUAUUUUCAUGUGUAUAUAUAUAUCUAUUUUUUUUUUUACAUUUUGGCUUUGUGAUCAUUUAUUUGCUGUUAGACUUUUGUUGGGAUAUCUGUGUUGCUUUGUAUUGUGCUAUGUAAAUAUUUCCAUUGUACAUGACAAUUUUGUGUUUGUGAAUUAUUCUUUUAUUGCAUUUUAUUUCAGGUUAAUGUGGGGAAUGAACCACUCUGUACAUAUUAAAGCAUUUCUGAUUCUCCAUUAAUAA